AUGCAUCGCAAACUUCUAGAGGAAGGGGCUAAACCAACUCAAGAGGCUCAACGCCGACUCAACCCUCCAAUGAUGGAAGUUGUGAAAAAGGAGAUCAUUAAGCUUCUCGAUUGUGGGGUCAUUUACCCAAUUUCGGAUAGUCGUUGGGUUUCACCGGUUCAAGUUGUACUAAAGAAAUCAGGAGUCGCUAUGGUAAAAAUUGAAGAGAAUGAACUUGUCCCGACUCGUAUCCAAACAGGUUGGAAAGUUUGCAUUGACUAUAGGAAGCUCAAUGCCACCACAAGGAAAGAUCACUUCCCUUUGCCGUUCAUUGAUCAAAUGCUUGAAAGCCACCUUUCAAAGAUGCAUGGUCUUGUACGCCACUUACCCUCUCCCACUUCGGUGAGAGAGGUUCGUUCUUUCCUUGGACAUGCAGGAUUCUAUAGACGUUUUAUCAAAGAUUUCUCGAAGAUUUUAACACCCUUGUGCCGACUUCUACAAAAGGAUGUGCCGUUUGUGUUUGAUGACGAAUGUGAGAAGGCGUUCAAUCACCUCAAAGAAUUGUUAACUUUGGCACCUAUCAUUGUUCCACCAUAUUGGAGCCUUCCGUUCGAGCUCAUGUGUGAUGCUUCAGAUUAUGCUUUAGGGGUUGUUUUGGGACAACGGAAGGACAAGAAGCCACAUGUCAUCUACUAUGCAUCCCGAACCUUGAAUGAUGCUCAAUUGAAUUACUCCACCACUGAAAAAAAAACUUCUUGCUCUUUGAAGUACUUACUCACAAAGAAAGAAGCCAAACCAAGGCUUAUUCGCUGGAUGCUUCUUCUUCAGGAGUUUGACAUGGAAAUUAGGGACAAAAGAGGAUGUGAAAAUGUAGUGGCUGACCACUUGAGCCGUUUGGUACAUGAAGAAGACCUUCUACCUAUUCCAGAGGCAUUCCCAGAUGAACAAUUGCUGACCAUUGAGGUAAGUGAGCCAUGGUAUGCUGAUAUUGUGAAUUAUAUUGUGUCUAAACAAGUUCCAAGCACCAUAACUAGGAACCAACGCAAUAAACUUAAAAAAAUGGCACGGUUUUAUGUGUGGGAUGACCCUUAUUUGUGGAAAUAUUGCCCUGAUCAAAUUAUUCGUAGAUGUGUGCAUGAUUCUGAGUUUAAUUCAAUUUUAACCUUCCGUCACAUUUAUGCAUGUGGGGGUCACUUUGGUACACAAUGCACAACACUUUAG